AUGUCAUCUCAAUUAUAUUAUAAAUUUAAAAGUGCUAAAGACUAUGACUCUAUUACUUUCGAUGGCUUAGGAAUAUCAGUAUUUGAUGUAAAAAAAGAAAUAUUAAUUGCUAAAAAAUUAAAGGGAAAUGAUUUUGAUCUCGUGAUCUCCCAUGCCGAAUCCAGUGAAGAAUAUUCCGAUGAUAAUGCGAUAAUACCAAGAAAUACACCAAUAGUGGUUCGUCGUGUGCCUACCAAACCAGGAAAAGGUACAGCAAAUCGUUAUUUGGAAGGAGCGCCAGUUACUCAAAGAAAUUAUAUGAAUGUUAAUAGAAGUGGAAAUAAUGCAACUAAUGGAUCAAUGUCAAAAAUAUUUGAACCUCCAAAUCAAACACAUCAUCUUUCUCCUUACUCAACACCUACUCCUAUUACAACAACUCAAGACUCAACUGAACAAUCAGAAGAAGAUAAAAUAGCAACUAUGUUUAAACAGACUAGUGAAUUCUGGGAAAAAACUCAAGAACAAAUGGCCUCAAAACCAGCUCUUAGAAGAUCUAAUCAACCCCGUAUCCAAAUAAAGCCACAAAUACAAAAACCUUUGCCACCAAAUUACGUAUGCUACAGGUGUGGUCAAAAAGGACAUUGGAUUCAAGCAUGUCCUACUAAUGGUGAUAGGUCAUAUGAUAAUAUGAAAGUUAAAAAGACUACAGGAAUUCCGAAAAGUUUUUUGCAAAAAGUAGACACAGUACCACCAGGGAAAGGUGUAUUAGUCACUCAGGAUGGAAAUCUAGUAAUUGCACAAGCAAAUGAUGCUGCAUGGGAAAAAUUUCAUGCUCGUCAGAAAUCAUACGUGACGUCCAACGAAGUUCUCGAAGAAAUUCCGAUACCUGAUGAACUCAAGUGUAUGAUAUGUAAUGGACUUCUUAGAGAAGCUGUUAUAACACCCUGCUGUCAAGUUUUAUUUUGUGAUGAAUAUGAACAUUUCAAAUGUCCAAACUGUAAAGAAGAUUUAGUACCAGAUGAUUUAUUACCCAAUAAAGCUACCAGAGAUGCUGUUGAUAAUGAAGAGACAGAAGAGACAGAUCAAGUUAUGGAAUCUCAAAAAACAAAUAUAACUAACUUGAAUGAUAAAACUGAAUCAUCUGAAAAACUACAAGAUAAUUCUAAUGCUCAACAACCACAAUCAUCAUUACACUCACCAACACAAUCAUCCACACACUCACCCACGCAAUCUUUAAUGCAAUCAUCAUCACAAGUGUUACCACAAUCGAUCACACAAUUAAAUAUACAAUCACCUGCGCAAUCACCUGCGCAAUCUUCCAUACAGCAAACACAACCAAUUCCAAUUCAAACUUCAACACAUUCUACAAUGCAACCAAUUCCAACACAAACCUCAACACAUUCUGCAACACAACCAAUCCCAACACAAACUUCUUCACAUCCUUUAACACAACCAAUUCCAAUUCAGACUUCAACACAUUCUGCACCACAACCAAUUCCUACUCAAACCUCAACACUAUUAGCACAACAUUUACAAACUUCUCAACAGAGACAUCAAUUCCCGAAUGUUAAUGGUAAACAAUUUGUACAAAACAAUGCUACUGCAUCACAAAACUUUGCAAAUUUUGGUUUUUAUGAUUAUGGAUUUGGUUAUGAUCAAGCACAAGGUUAUUGGUUCGACGAAGCUGGUUUUCCAAUGAAUAUGAAUUUGUUAAAUGGGCCUGGAUUUUAUGAUCAAACUUUUUUCGAUCCAACAUUCUUUCCAGCUGAACCAUUCCCAACACAACCACAAUUUAUGCCUCCAUUUAGGCCACCGGUUUAUGAUGAAUUUUGGGUACCCCCACAAGGAAAUUUUACUCCAUUUGGUGGAAAUAUGAGCGGUGGUGGCAUGGUAGGUGCAACCGGUCUUCCGGCAUUCAGAGGUAAUAAUAAUAACUUUCGUGGAGGAUUUGGAGGACGUGGCGGAGCAUUUCAACCCAGAGGACGUGGUCGUGCAAGAGGAACAGGUUUUUUCCAUGACAAUACAUUUUUUGGAAGUCGUGGUAAUGCCGUUGAUUAUAGAAGAGAACCAGGUGCAGCUUUAGGGACUUUAAGACGCGAUAUACCUGAAAGAUCAGAUUAUCGUGAUGAUGAACAAAAAUAUGAUGAUGAACAACAACAAAUUAUAGAUGAUUUUGGACGUGAUAUGGCACGAAAAAAGCCAUUGUCAUCACAACAACAUACUCCUGAAAAAGAAAUUGAAAAUAGAGAAAAGCAAUCACCACUGCAUAUCUCUGAAUAUGAAAGACAUGAUAGAGAGUUUUUACCAGAAGAAAACAUCAUCAAUAAUCGAGAGAGAGAAAGAGGUCGUAGCUCAAGUCCAAAAGGAAGUAAAGAUGGAUCACGUAAAAGCUUGAGUAGACGAUCCUCACAUUAUCAUCACCAUGACGAACCACGCGAUAGCCAUUCUCCUUCAAGGCAUGAGCGCAUAAUAUACGAGGACCGACGAAAAGUUGCAUCUUCAUCUUCAUCUUCAUCAAAUAGACAUAAAAGACCUAGCCGUGAUGUUUAUUAUGACAGAAAAGAUGAUAGAAGAUAUCCAGAUGAUCGUCGAUAUCCGGAUGAUAGUAGACGCUACUAUGGUGGUUAUCAAGCCUCGACCAGUGAGCGAGUUGAUCAAGAAGAACAUAAAAUCUCACAAACUCCAUCAUCGGUUGCAUCUUUACAUGCAGAGAAUGGUAAGACAGGACACCACGACUCUUAUCAUGGUUAUGAUGCAGCAAUACAUGAAGAUAUGAGUCGCAAUACAUCUAUUAAUGAUGAACCAAUUUCAAAAGGCUAUAGCCGCCAAUCGAGAUCACCAUCUCCUAAAAUGAUUCAGAAUAAUGAAGCAUUUGAUGAAGAUGAAAUAGAAGACAGACCAACAACGCCACCAUCACCUGAUAGAUAUCAAGGCUCAUCGCUUGGAAGAAGACGUCAUUCUUCAUCAUCCCAUAAACACAGAAGUAAUAAAUAUCCCAAAACCCAUAGAUAUGAGGAUUCACCAGAUAGAAAAGAUUAUGAAAGAUCGACACAUACUAAGCAUCAUAGGCCUUCUUCUAGAGAUAAUAGAGAUGAGCCUUAUCAUAGAAGAAGCCACAAAGAAAAAAGGCAUUAUUCUUCCUCGUCAUCUGGACGUCAUAGUCACCGUAGAUAUCGGGACUAA